CGCGCCCAACCUGCGCGUCCUGGACGUGGACAUGCCCGUGGCCUCCGACAAGGACGCGUGCGCCGCGCUGCGCGGUCUGGAGCGAGUCACGAUCAACGCCUUCCAGGACGCCGGCAGCCGCCCCAGGCCCGUCGGCCAGGACGCCGUCGGCGCCGUGCGCCGCGCCUUCGAGCUCGCCCUGCAGAUGAAGACCCCCGCGCUGCGCUACGCCGCCGUGUCGCUCUGCCGAGGGGAGCACGGCAGGUUCUCGUUCCUGUCCCAGUCCGAGUUCGUCGCCGUGCGCGACGAGUUCGCCCUCCAGAUGCCGGACGUGGUGGUGGAACUGCUCGUCGACGGCCCUUCCUGCGCUGAGUGUGGCUACAGCAAAGCCUGUCCCGGGCUGGGCUGGAAUGGCGAAGCCAACUCGGAUGAUGACGAUGACAGUGAUGCUUACUACUAGGACUGCGACCGGUAGCUGUGCACAGUGUACUUGAAGGCCGGGGGAGGUGCUCAAAACGCUUCUAGAGUUCUGGCCGCCUUCGCCGGUGCUACUCUGGCGCACUGUGCUGCGUCCGGUUCAGGUCCACUACCCGUGAAUCCGCGAGGAAACUGUCGUCGAAGUUUGGACAAUGUAUGUUCUUAAAAUACCUUUCAAGUGUUUAUAUCAGCUGAGUGUUAUUCUUGAGUGAAAGUUUUGAACAUUUUCUGGUAUACUUAAGCAGACGUUAUCUGUACUGUUGCUCUGACAUCUACCAUCACAAGACCCUUCUAGGUUUUGUUUCCCGGCUGGGCUAGUUGUUCUCACUAGAUUGAUUUUUAGUUUUAAAUUUUGUGUUUGGUGUAUAACUUUAGUUCAUUCGUUUUGUGAUAAGAUACUUGAGUUGCGAGAUCUUCUUCUCUGUCAAAGUUGUCGUCACCUCUGUUGAAACAUGUUGUUGCACUGAUGAGUGAUUCUUUCAAUAAUUCAGUGCAUUUCAUUUUAGUUUUGGUACUCUUCAAUGAAAUAAUUUCACUAAAAUCACGUCAGCUUUCUGUUUUAGAGUAGUUAUUGUGUUUCUGGUUUCGUACCGCAGACCUCAAUGCAGACACUCUGCACUCUGAAAACCUUCCAUGUCUUUUCAUGAAAAUGUCCAGUUUUAAAAGGUGUUUUGACAUACGUAUUGCAAGAAAAAUUUCCCUCAGAGGAAAUUUUCCACUAAUUUUCCAAUUAAAGUCUUCCGGCGUGCUUUGAGACUGACAUGCUGAGGUAGACCGUGAGGAAGACUUUAUGCAAAUAUAAAUCUGGAAAAUUUUAUCUCUAUAAGCAUAUAAACGUGAAACGAAGCACAACCCACUCUUGUAGGCCGCCCGGAUGUCGGUUGCGGUUGCACAGCAGCAUCCACUCUCAUCGACGCCCCCCCCUCCAAUUUCUCCCCCUUCUCCCUCCUCGUCCAGCGCCAGUGCUAGUGCAGUCCUUCCUGCCUUGAGUCACUCCACUCCUCGACGAUUCCUGUUGCGUGUGCGUGCCGUCGAGACAGUGAGGUUAUAAAUCACAGGAGUUUCUCGAAGGUAAAGUGCCAUGCCAAGAAUGAAUGCUCCCUUGCAUUGGAUCAACUAGUGCUGCCUCGAGCAAGGUCGUUGUCAUUGUGUUUGGCUUGCGGAUACUCGAGAUGGCUGCCGGGGAACCGUCUCAGAAGGCACGAAGGACCAGCGGCUCCAGCUCGAGGGGUCCAUGGUGGGAGUGUGAAGCGUGCUACAAGGCGGUCAGGGCCGGCGGCAUGGGCAUGGAGGAGUUCUGCGUGGGGCACGCAGUCUCCAUCCUGGGAUCCGAGCCGGGCCGCGCUGCGAUGCGGGCGCAUCUCAAGGUGGCCCAGACGCUGCUGAGGAAAGCGAAGGACAACGUCAGGCGACUGGAGGCAGCAAUCCAAGAGGACGACGGGUGCAACUUCAGAACGGUGCCCACACUGCUGCUAACCCAGUGCGGAUUCGACGACGGUGGCGGGGGCCCGCACAGCAUCUCGGCGGGCACCGUGCCGGUGGCCCUGGCGCUACGGGAGCCUCUCCCCACGGGGAGUCACGAGACGCUUUGCAGGACGCUGGUGGGCAAACCCCUCGCCCUCACAUUCUGCAAGGACCGGAGGUUUCUCUGUGACGUCGAGCUGCCUGCAGACAUCGUGGACCGCCUCGCCCCAGUCCCCGAGGGUCGCAAGGAGAUGCGGCCCGGCGCCGUUUUGUACAAGACGGGCCCCAAGGAGCUCUACUUCUUCCUGCGCAGGUCUGCGAGUGAGAAGGAGCGUGCGGGUUGCAAGCUGUUCGGCUAUAUACACAAGGAGGGUCUCGACGUGCUGAGCUGGAAGCACACUGGUGAUUGCUUCCUUUAUCGGAAAGGAUGCCACGUGGAACUUCGGUUCCUCAAAGUCAAGUUCCUGGACGGCGACACUGCCGACAGUGGAGAUGAAGAUUUUCAUUCGGAUAGUUCUGCAGAGUCUUUGCAAUAAACAAUUGUGAAUGGUUACUUUGAUAUCUCAACAUUUGCUAGAAAUUAAAAAUAUAUCUUAGAAUUCACGUCGGUGAUUUUCGUGCAGCGGCGGCCGGCUGGUCAUCGUGGUGGUUCUGUGAUAGUGGACGGCAAAUGAAAGGAUAGCGUGAUUUUUCGCAGGGUCGUAAGGCCCUAACGUUCAUAUCGAGCCCCCAGCAUAUUCAUUUUUAUUAAGACCAUAACAGCUUUCAGUACACUGUUAGAAAUGGUUGUACAGGAAAGCGCAAGUGAGUGAACAUUUAGUCAUUAGUAAAUAUUGAAUGUCAUCAUGAACCAAAGCGAAACAUAUGUCGCUGA